CUCCAUCUUCCCCCCUCCCCUUCCCCCCUUAGAGUUUCCCUCCCUCCCUCCCUCCUUCCCAGUCUGGGCACCCAGGCCUGUGACCGCUUCGUGAGCGCAUAGGAGGUUGCCAGUCCGCUCUUGCGGGCCUGUGCCCGCGCCGUUCCGGGGCCUCCGUGCUGGGUGCGAGGCUCACACCGGGAGCGACGCACAGGCUGAGUGGCUGGAGCUUUUGCGGUUUAUAGUGCAUUCCUGAGCAUGAGUGCAGAAUGAAGCGACGUUUGGAUGACCAGGAGUCACCGGUGUAUGCAGCCCAGCAGCGAAGGAUUCCUGGAAGCACAGAGGCUUUUCCUCACCAGCACCGGGUACUUGCCCCCGCCCCUCCUGUGUAUGAAGCAGUGUCUGAGACCAUGCAGUCAGCUACAGGAAUUCAAUACUCAGUGGCACCCAACUACCAGGUCUCAGCUGUGCCACAGAGUUCUGGCAGUCAUGGGCCCGCCAUAGCAGCAGUUCAUAGCAGUCAUCAUCACCCCACAGCUGUCCAGCCUCACGGAGGCCAGGUGGUCCAGAGCCAUGCCCACCCAGCGCCACCAGUUGCACCAGUGCAGGGACAGCAGCAGUUUCAGAGGCUAAAGGUGGAGGAUGCCCUGUCCUAUCUUGACCAGGUGAAGCUCCAGUUUGGUAGUCAGCCUCAGGUCUACAAUGAUUUCCUUGAUAUCAUGAAGGAAUUUAAAUCUCAGAGCAUUGAUACUCCAGGUGUGAUUAGCCGUGUGUCCCAGUUAUUUAAAGGCCAUCCUGACCUGAUCAUGGGCUUCAAUACCUUCUUGCCUCCUGGCUACAAAAUUGAGGUGCAGACUAAUGACAUGGUGAACGUGACAACUCCUGGCCAGGUUCAUCAGAUCCCCACCCAUGGCAUCCAGCCCCAGCCUCAGCCACCACCUCCACAUCCUUCUCAGCCUUCAGCCCAGUCAGCUCCAGCUCCUACUCAGCCAGCUCCUCAGCCCACACCUGCCAAAGUCAGCAAGCCUUCCCAACUACAAGCACAUACUCCAGCCAGUCAGCAGACUCCCCCACUCCCACCAUAUGCAUCCCCACGUUCUCCACCGGUCCAGCCUCACACACCAGUGACAAUCUCCUUGGGAACGGCCCCAUCUUUGCAGAACAAUCAACCUGUGGAGUUUAAUCAUGCCAUCAACUAUGUUAAUAAGAUCAAGAACAGAUUCCAGGGCCAACCAGACAUCUACAAAGCAUUCUUGGAGAUUUUGCACACAUACCAGAAAGAACAGCGGAAUGCCAAGGAAGCUGGAGGAAACUACACUCCAGCUUUGACCGAGCAGGAGGUGUAUGCCCAGGUGGCACGUCUCUUCAAAAACCAGGAGGAUCUGCUUUCUGAGUUUGGACAGUUCUUGCCAGAUGCCAACAGCUCGGUGCUUUUAAGCAAAACAACUGCUGAGAAGGUUGAUUCUGUGAGAAAUGACCAUGGGGGUACUGUGAAGAAGCCCCAACUGAACAACAAGCCACAGAGGCCCAGCCAGAAUGGCUGCCAGAUCCGCAGACACUCUGGGACAGGAGCCACGCCACCAGUGAAGAAAAAACCCAAACUGCUUAGUCUAAAGGAAUCUUCAAUGGCAGAUGCCAGCAAGCAUGGUGUUGGAACAGAAUCAUUAUUUUUUGAUAAGGUCCGAAAGGCUCUUCGGAGUGCAGAGGCCUAUGAAAACUUUCUGCGCUGUCUGGUUAUCUUUAACCAGGAGGUGAUCUCCCGGGCUGAGCUUGUACAGCUGGUCUCUCCUUUUCUGGGGAAAUUCCCUGAAUUGUUUAAUUGGUUUAAAAACUUUCUGGGCUAUAAGGAGUCUGUACAUCUGGAAAGUUUUCCCAAGGAACGAGCUACAGAAGGCAUUGCCAUGGAGAUCGACUAUGCCUCUUGUAAAAGAUUGGGCUCUAGCUACCGAGCCCUACCAAAAAGUUACCAGCAGCCCAAGUGUACAGGACGGACUCCUCUGUGUAAAGAGGUUUUAAAUGAUACCUGGGUUUCCUUCCCAUCGUGGUCUGAAGACUCCACUUUUGUUAGUUCCAAGAAAACUCAGUAUGAAGAACAUAUUUAUCGUUGUGAAGAUGAACGAUUUGAGCUUGAUGUAGUUUUAGAGACCAAUCUUGCAACAAUCCGGGUUCUGGAAGCAAUACAGAAAAAACUUUCACGCUUGUCUGCUGAGGAACAAGCCAAAUUUCGCUUGGAUAACACCCUUGGGGGCACCUCAGAAGUCAUCCAUCGGAAAGCACUCCAGAGGAUAUAUGCCGAUAAAGCUGCUGAUAUCAUCGAUGGUCUGAGGAAGAAUCCCUCCAUUGCCGUUCCAAUUGUUCUUAAAAGGUUGAAGAUGAAAGAGGAAGAAUGGCGAGAAGCUCAGAGAGGCUUUAACAAGGUGUGGCGAGAGCAAAAUGAGAAGUACUACUUGAAGUCUUUGGAUCACCAGGGCAUUAACUUCAAACAGAAUGACACCAAGGUCCUGAGGUCUAAGAGCCUACUCAAUGAGAUUGAGAGCAUCUAUGAUGAGAGACAAGAACAGGCUACAGAAGAGAAUGCUGGCGUACCUGUUGGCCCACACCUUUCCCUUGCCUAUGAAGACAAGCAGAUACUAGAAGAUGCUGCUGCUCUGAUCAUCCAUCAUGUGAAGAGGCAGACAGGCAUUCAGAAAGAGGACAAGUACAAAAUCAAGCAAAUUAUGCAUCAUUUCAUUCCUGAUCUACUGUUUGCUCAGAGAGGUGAUCUCUCAGAUGUAGAAGAAGAAGAAGAGGAAGAAAUGGAUGUGGACGAAGCCACAGGGGCACCUAAGAAGCACAAUGGUGUUGGGGGCAGUCCCCCUAAGUCCAAGUUGUUAUUUAGUAACACAGCAGCUCAGAAGUUAAGAGGGAUGGAUGAAGUAUAUAACCUCUUCUAUGUUAAUAAUAACUGGUAUAUCUUUAUGCGACUGCAUCAGAUUCUCUGCUUGAGGCUGCUACGGAUUUGUUCCCAAGCUGAGCGGCAAAUUGAAGAAGAAAACCGCGAGAGAGAGUGGGAACGGGAGGUGCUAGGCAUAAAGCGAGACAAGAGUGAUAGCCCUGCCAUACAGCUGCGUCUCAAAGAGCCUAUGGAUGUUGAUGUAGAAGAUUAUUAUCCAGCUUUCCUGGACAUGGUGCGGAGCCUGCUUGAUGGCAACAUAGACUCAUCACAGUACGAAGAUUCACUGAGAGAGAUGUUCACCAUUCACGCCUAUAUUGCUUUUACUAUGGACAAACUAAUCCAGAGCAUCGUCAGACAGCUACAGCACAUUGUCAGCGAUGAGGUCUGUGUGCAGGUUACUGACCUUUACUUGGCAGAAAACAAUAAUGGAGCCACUGGAGGCCAGCUGAACAGUCAGACAUCAAGGAGCCUUCUGGAAUCAACAUACCAGAGGAAAGCAGAGCAACUUAUGUCAGAUGAGAACUGCUUUAAGCUAAUGUUCAUUCAGAGUCAAGGCCAGGUUCAACUGACCAUUGAGCUUUUGGACACAGAAGAGGAGAAUUCAGAUGACCCUGUGGAAGCAGAGCGUUGGUCAGACUACGUGGAGCGAUACAUGAGUUCUGAUACUACAUCUCCUGAACUUCGAGAACAUCUGGCACAGAAACCAGUAUUUCUCCCAAGAAAUUUGCGGCGUAUCCGAAAGUGUCAGCGUGGUCGAGAACAACAGGAGAAAGAAGGGAAAGAAGGAAACAGCAAGAAGCCCAUGGAGAAUGUAGAGAGCCUGGAUAAACUGGAGUGUAGGUUCAAGCUGAACUCCUAUAAAAUGGUGUAUGUGAUCAAGUCAGAGGACUACAUGUACCGGAGGACCGCUUUACUCAGAGCUCAUCAGUCCCAUGAACGUGUAAGCAAGCGUCUGCAUCAGCGGUUUCAGGCCUGGGUAGAUAAAUGGACCAAGGAGCAUGUGCCUCGUGAAAUGGCAGCAGAGACCAGCAAGUGGCUCAUGGGUGAAGGGCUAGAGGGCCUGGUGCCCUGCACCACCACCUGUGACACAGAGACUCUGCACUUUGUGAGCAUUAACAAGUAUCGUGUCAAAUACGGCACAGUAUUCAAAGGCCCUUAACUCCAGAGCCAUAGCAGGUAGCUCAGAGGGGUGUGUCUGUGUGUGUGUGUGUGUCUGUGUGCAUAUGCAUGCACACACCGAAGAAUCAAGGAAGAUGCCUUUCAAGCCACCAGUGCAACCUGGCACCAAGCAGGAUAUACACAAGGAAUGUGGACGGAUACCUUAGAAAGCUGGAACUGGCACUUUUCCCAAGGGUACUAGCCUGCCCAAGAGGGAGUGAAGUCCAUGCAAGCACAGAGACAAGCAGUUUGCUUGCACACACCAGCAGAGCUCAAACCAGAACUUCUGUGACCUGACCUUAGAUGAACAACCAGAUGCUGUUACUCUUUGGAUGGAUGGAGGCACAUUUACAAAACAGAUGGACUGUAACUGAUGGUCACUGCUCCACUCCCUACCCCCAAAAGGUGGCGGGGAGACUGCAUUUGAUGACACCCUGACUUGAGCACAUCUAAGAUCCCCUGUUAGAUUUUAUCUGAGGUCUGCUGUUUGGCUUUGGGAUUGAUACCUUGUGGAUUUCAUUUCUGAGUCCUUGCAGCCCACCUUCCUCCCUCUUCUGGUUCUCAGCCUCAACAAAUUCCAGUCAGUCCUCCUUUUUAGCUCCUGUGGGACUGUUUUGUACCUGCUUCUUUACUAGUCUACCCUAGUGCCAUCCACCAGCUUUACCCACUCACACACAUACACACUCACACACACACAAUUUUAACUUGGAUUUUCUUUUUUUUGUAAAUAAUGUACAUAUUGUCAAUUUUUUAUUAAAGGAAAUAUGCUUUGAUGUGCUAGCAUAAGUGCUCUAGCUUCUUGUGUACCAUAGUACUAUGUGGCUCCAGAUUUAGUACCUAUAAAGAGAUGUGCAAGACAUUUAUCACACUUUUUACCAAAGGGAGAUACCAUUGUAGUACUUUUGUGUAAAACUUGUCUCCCCCUCCAACUUUUCUUCUUUUUUUCCCUUUUUCUUUUU